AUGAGCGAGUGGAUUGAUAAAGCAAUUGAAAAUAGACAUUUGACAUUUCAUCAAUAUGAAGUAUUUAGUGAUGUUGAUAAAAUUGGGAGUAGUUCAUUUGGAAUGGUUUAUAAAGCAUAUACUAUCUAUGGGAAACACAUGGUUUUGAAAUCGUUGACAAAAGGCCUCGCUUCUGAACAAACAUUUAAACAUAUUGUAAAUGAGCUUCAACUACAUCAACAAGUUGAAAUGCAUGAGAAUAUUAUAAGUUUCUAUGGCAUAACCAAAAAUGAUACAUAUAUGCUAGUCAUGGGGUAUGCAAAUAAUGGCACCCUAUCUCAUUAUUUAUCAAAAAAUUUUAAUAAAAUGGAUUGGAAUCUAAAAUUAAAAUUUGCUAAACAAAUCUCAAGUGCUGUAUUGUGUCUUCAUAAUAAUGAUAUAAUUCAUAGAGAUUUGCAUCCAGACAAUAUUUUUAUUCAUAAUGAUGACAUAAAACUUGGUGGUUUUGGAUUAUCAAAGUCAGUUGUUGAUAUUACAAUACCAUUUUUCAAAAACUUUGGCUUUGUAAAGUACUCUGAUCCUAGAUUUUUACAUGAUCCUACAAAUUAUUCACGAACAAAAGCAUCUGAUGUAUAUAGCAUAGGUGCCCUAAUGUGGCAAAUAUCUAGUGGAAGAACACCAUUUCAAAAUUUUGCUGCUAGUUUUACACUUAUUUACCAAAUUAUUAAUGGAGUUCGAGAAAAUGAAAUUCCAGGAACACCUGAAUCUUAUAUUGAACUGUACAAAGCAUGUUGGCAAGACAAUCCUGAAAAACGUCCACAAAUGUCUCAAGUAGCAAAGAUUUUAGGAACAAUUGACAUUGACAACACAAAACAAAAGAUUACUUUAUCAGAGGAAAUUCCUUCACUACAAUUAUCCAAAUCACCAUCACCUCCAAUUAGUCAAGAUAGCAAAAAAGCAAAGGAUGAACCAAGCAAUGGAAUAAUUAAUGAAAACAAAGCAACUAUUGAUAAACCUAAGGAUAAUUGGGUAGAAUGGCUCAAUGAGGCAAUUCAGAAUGAACACAUCAAUUUUUAUAAAUAUAAUAGCUUUAAAAAUACUCAAAAAAUUGGUUCAGGUGGUUCUGGAAAAGUUUAUAAAGUAAUGUAUAAUAGCAGUACUUUUGCCUUGAAAUCUUAUAAACAUGAUAUAACAAAUAUGAAAGAAGUUAUUAAUGAGUUGAGAUUAUUACGUAAAGUUGAUUACCAUCAAAAUAUUAUUCAUUUCUAUGGUGUCACUAAGAAUGAAAGAAAUGAGAAAUAUUUAUUGGUCCUUGAGUAUGCAGAUAGUGGAACACUAAAAAGUUAUCUACAAGAAAAGUUUGAAUUAAUCAGUUGGGAUCUAAAACUGAAAUUUGCAUAUGAAAUUGCAUCAGCUGUUUCAUGUCUACAUGAAAACAAUAUUAUCCACCGAGAUUUGAAGCAUUCAAACAAUCUCUUGGUUCACCAAAAAACCAUAAAAUUGGCAGAUUUUGGACUUUCCCGUAAAAUACUUGAAUCUACAACCACUUCAACAUUCAAAUUGGCAGGGGUGCUGCCUUAUGUUGACCCACAAUGUAUCAAGCAAGUAUAUAAACCAAACAAAAAAUCAGAUGUAUACAGUGUGGGUGUUUUAUUAUGGGAAUUGACUAGUGGCUAUCCACCCUUUAGUAAUCUGGAUUCAUAUCAAAUUUAUGCUUCAAUAUUUGGAGGAAUUCGUGAGGAACCUAUUCCUAAUACACCUGAUAAAUAUGUUAAUUUAUACAAUGGCUCAAAUAUAGCUGAUAAUGAGGAAAAUGACAAGCAACCAAAAAAUGAAGACAGUAAUUCUUUCAGUCAUCCCAUUAUUUUGACAGAAUCUACUGACACUGAUUCACUACAAACAAAAUUUGAUAAAAUCUUGGAUUUUUUAGAGUAG